UUUUUCCUAUAUCAAGAUUCACUCAUUCAUUUUCAAAUGUUUUAGUUUGCUUUUAUCCUUAAUUGAAGAGUCGUGUAUAGCUACUGUGAUAUUUUGGAUUAAUAAUGAAUGAACAAGUACGUAAUCUGAGUGCUACAGCGACCCACCAGGUGUAGGUUAGCUGUCUUUGUUAAGAUUAAGUUUCAUUGGAUGAUCUGCUGAUCAAAGAUGAAACUAGUGGAUGGAAGAAAAAAAAGUAAUGAUAGGGAGACUAAAUUUGCAAACAAAAUAAUGUGUCACCAAUAAAAAAAUGCACGUUAAUCUACACAUAAGUAGUAAUCCAAUCAUCAACUUCUAUGUCAUUUAGUUUAUAAAAUUUAAUCUAUAAAUUUAGUUUUCUAGCAUUAUAUAUAAAAAAAAAAUUAUGUAGGGAUGACUUGUGAGUUGUGACUUGUAAGCUUUAAUGAAAGUUGUGAACUCAUGAGGAUGUGCCCUUUUUUUGUCUUUCUUCUUUUGUGUGAACGCAUUGAAUUUUUAUUCGGGAAAAGUAAGGUGCUUGAGUUGGGUAAUUUCAUAUCUCCUUUUUUGUAUUCGACAUCUUCAUAAGAUUGUCCGGAGCAUAUAGAACUUUUGUAACUUUGUGUAAGUAAGGUCAACUAGUACAAUUGUUGAACUUAAACUGAUCUAGUCUCAGCGGGCAACUACUCUCUCCUCCCUUGCUUGCUUUUCAUUCCCAAUUUCUACCUCUGUAUGUCUUUUGCUUAGUUUAGUGCCUAGAUAGAUAGAGAGAGAGAUGCUGGAUCAUGCCUUACUUGGGCCAGGGCACAUAAUUUCAGGCAGAGUUAUGGACUCUCUUAUGACCUUUCAAUAGCCUUGAAAAUAGAGGUGGCAAACUAACCUAUUGAAUUAUUAAUGAAUAACUAUUAAGACCCCGUUUAGUUUGAUUUUUAUCAUAACAUGGUGGUGAACUUGGUAGUUUUAAUGAUUGUGUAAUACCUUAUAGUGAUAUCAAACUAAAUGAGUCAAAGACUCUUAAUACUUUUUCAUUAAUAGUCCAACGAUUUGAUUUGUCACAUGAACUCGGAAAGACAAAUAUUAUUCAAUCUCCAUUGAUGAACAACUAUAUACUUUUACUUAAAAAAAAAGAUAACUAGUGGCAAGUUACGAUUACUCCUUUGACUUGGAGAGGCUAUGAGAAUUUUAUCCUACCCUCUAUGAUUUUGUAAUGUAAAAUUCACUUUUUUUUUCUUCUGAAAUUAUAAAAAUAUCGUCAAUCAAAAUUACUUAGAAAUUUCUUGAAAGAAAAUAGUGACUAACUGGAAAAUUUAAAACCGUGUACGCAAAGUGCGCAAGGGAGGCCCCAUCCCUGUCCCUUUUUUAUACUUUUGUAACUGUUCAUCUCUUAAUCAUAGGGGUGGGCACUUGGAAUCGAAAACCGAAACCGAAACACAAAUCGAAUCAAACCGCACCAAACGGUUUGGUUUUGCAGUUUUGAAACGGUUUCGGUUUCAAAACCGAACCGCGGCACACAAUGAUGUAGCUACAGGCCCAUUCCUCAUUUCUCAUCUUUAUCAUCUUCUUUUCGAAAUGACUCAAGGCGAGCCAUUUGAGACCAACCUGAAUGGGCCUAUCUGGAUGAUACAAACCUGGCUUCAAUGGUACUUCCCAGAGUUUCGGGCUACCAAUUUGGAGUUCCCGGAGGGUGUGGCCCCUGCCCGAAUCCUGGCUGGAGCUGCCCCUAUAGAUCAUUCCACCUUUGCAUGCUUCUACUUCUUCAGAGUUUGUAGGACUCGAUUAGAUUUAGAAUGGGGUGCGUCGGUCUUGAGGCUUUCAAGAUGCUCCUGGUGAAGAUGCUACCCCCUCUUGUAGGGAGAAAUUCAUUAGCUGCAUUCAACCGAGAGACCUGGCCUGGGGAGUUCGAGGUAAUAGAUAUGACCGAGGUUUGGAGGUGUACCAUCCUAACUUUUACAGCAGGCAGUUAGGAUUCAGGCAAGCCAUUCCUGUCCCAUUCUUCGAUUCUAUCCAUUGUGGCACUUCAUUUCGACUACCAACUCCCUCUGAGGUGAUCUUCCGAGCUGCCCGACGCAGUCUUGACGUAAUGAGUCAGGCUGCCCGAAAGUCCAUCAUCCUCAACUUUGAAUGUACUUCGCUCUUCUCUUCUUGGUGGGAAGACAAAUUGACCAAGAAGUAUGAAGGAGACUUGAAAUAGACUCAUGAUCGCAUUUCCAAAAGAAGAAUCGGUCACUUCUGAUAGGUACUUCUCUUUUUAACCUGAUUCUGUUUCCCUUCUGAAGUCCAUCUAACCUUACUCUUGCUUGACCCCGCAGCCCCAGUGGAUGUUGAAUCAGAAGCCAUUGAGUCCGAAGAUGACUCAGCUGAUGCUGCAGUUCUCCAUGGAGCUGCAGCAGAGGCUGAAAGACAAGAAGCUGGGGAAGGUGUGGAUGUUUUGGAAUCCUUUGGGGAUUCAGAAGCUGAAGAAACACCUGAGGCAAUUAUUAAAGCACCCAAGCGAAAGAAAGCGACUGUGAUCGAGGCUUCAGAUCCUGAUCCUGCACUUCUACCCAAAACCCCACGACCAACUCUUACUAGAAAGAGUAAGAGAGCAAGAACUGUCGCUCCUCCUAAGUCAUUAGCCUCAUUGCUCUAGUCCCCGAGGCAGGCAGAAAAAAGCAACAAUCUUCAAGACCUUAAGCAUCUAAGAGACCAAUCAUUGCUUCUAAGGAGGAACCAUUAAGAGCUGCCAUGCACAAAAAGGCUGAAGAACUGCAAAAUACCGCCCUCAAAGAACUCGAGGCCGCAAGAGAGGAAAAGCUUCUUCCGCCCGAGGCCUCCCCACCACUUUUCCGAGAAACCAGCAUUUCUCCUCCUCAGGUUAACCCUUCAGAGGCUGGGGCAUUUGCCUUCUUGCCUGGUCAUGGCCCUCCUCUGAAGUUUGUGAUUUCUUCUCCUGCCCUGGAUGCAACUCAUUCCUCUGAGUUUGACCCUUCUACAGGAGUUAUGUUGCACUUCGUGGAUGAGGGCAGUAACUUGCAGCCUUCUCCGGUAUAUGAGCCACCCCCUCCAUCAAUGGUAUCAGAUAAUGAACCCAUAGUCCCUGAGAUUCCUGUAACCUCAGAGGUAAUAGUCUCACGGGUGCCUACUUGCCCGACAAUUGAUAUUGAUGAACCUCAUUCUUCUCCUCAGGAUCAAACUCAGGGCACUGGUGCAGGUUCAAGUACAGCUCCUUCUUCCCUUGCUGGUGGUGGAAAGUCUUCCCCUCAACGAGGAUUUAGUAUUCUUCCUGGUGAAACCCCUGGGCUAAGUCAGCAAGUCCUGAAAGAGACUUCCCCCUCUCGUUUGGUCCGUAAGUCAAAGCGCUCUCGUCCUCAUUUAUCUUCUGGAGGUACUGAGAUUCCCCCUUCUGGAAUUGAGAAGAUCGGGCAGACAAGGAUUGCCCCCCCAGUGCGGGUUUGGGCAUUACUUCAUUCUCAUCCAUAGCCACUUUGAACCGUAGGGUUGUGCUGGUCCAAACCCGCACUGAGUGACUCAACCAUAGUUGUGCGAAUGAGUGUUUCAAACCCAUAACAGGUCAGGGAGAUGGGACCAGGGAGAGUGGAGUGUGUUGGUCCACGGCUUACAACGCUCCGUUGGCAGUACUACAUCAUGCUGGUCUUCUUUGCAAAUAGGGAAGGUGCGUCUGGGACAUAUGAUGAGGCAAAAGAAGUUCAGAAUGUGCCUAUUUUUGCCACGAAAGGGGAGGGUUUCAAGAAAUUCAAUGGAGGAGCUGAGGAGAUAUGGGUGUGUUGGCUUACUAAGGCCAACUUGGAUGCAAUGGUCCCUCAGAUUGAUGAUUGAUUGAUUCUAAUAAUUCAGUCACAUGACCUCUUUGACAAUGACACAGAUUCUCCGAAAUUUCAUAACUCCCUUUGAGAAUUGAAACAUGUUGAUAACACCUCUUUUGCUGUAAAACAGUUACCAGUUCUCCAAGAUUUCAGCAUCGAGACUUGUUUCACUGAGAUUUGUAUGCUAUUUGGCACAAACUUCCUUUGAGAAUUUGAAACAUGUGCCGAUAACCCCUCUUUUGCUGUAAAACAAUUACUGGGUCUCCAAAAUUUCAGUUUCGAGACUUGUUUCACCUAUAUUUGUAUGCCGUUUGGCACAAACUUACUAUAAAAUUUUGAAACACA